AUGCAGGCACCAGAGGAGGACGACGACGGCAGGGGCGGCGUGGAAGGUAGUGCCGGGUCACCCAGUGGCCCAGAGGGUGCCGGGUCACCCAGUGGCCCAGAGGGUGCCGGGUCACCCAGUGGCCCAGAGGCUGCCGGGUCAUCCAGUGGCCUAGAGGGCGCCGUGGGCCCUGGGGACCAGAACAACCCCCGAGAGGAAAGCCCUGCCGCUGAGGGAGCCCCCGAGGCCGAGGGGGCCUCGCAAUACUCAGCCGAAGCUGCCGUGGCUUCUACCUCCCACAGCGAUCUAGGAAGCCCAUUGUCGGAGUUCACCCUCACGGUGCCUUUCCUGUCCUACUUGGAAGCGGAGGUGGUCCGUGGAUACCUGAUGGCAGGUGCUGAGACCCACCACGGGAGGGUUCACUGGGACCUGACCGUGACUGGCUGUGACCUAUUUAUCCGAUUAGCUUCUGAAGACCCCGACCUUCUGCAGAUUUCUACUGCUUCAUUGCUCGACCGGCUUUCCAUCGCUGUGCAAAUCAUGCAACACUUUGUCCCUCCGUUUUGUGUUAGGCACCAUCCCCAAAAUGGGUCUUGAGGCCACAGGAGUGUCCCGUCCUAGGAUGUACAUCCUUCCCUGGGACCAUGGUUUUUGCAGUAGCUGCCAUUUUAUUUGGGGGUGUGGGGUUCGUUUGUUGUUUGCCUACACUAGCCCUUGGGCACUCUCUGCCCUCUUGUUUAAUUGAUGCUUAAAUAUUGCCUAACUCAGGUAAUAAAAGUGAGCUACUCUUUUGUAUCUGA